AUGAUUCCAAAGAAGGUGUACGACCUGUGCCAGGGUGGGCUAUCGGUGACGGCCGAACUGGCCAAAGAUCCAGCUUUGGCCCCACACGAGGCAUGCAAAAGGCUCUUCCAUGUCGAUAUCGAAGAUGGUGUUGUCACCAAGACGGUGGACCUUUCGAAUGAGGAAACCAGCGAUCUGGAACAGGCCCGGAAGUGUGGACAGUGGGGGAAUGCAACCCCUAGUAACCUCUUCCUCCGAAUCUAUCAUGAUGUACUGUGUACCCUUGAGAACAACCCUGUGGCUGGCGUGUGCGCACCGUCUCUCAUGGGAAGUAACGGGGUGUGUCCACUUACCAUAAUCGCAACGGUGCCGGACAUCUGUCGCCACAUGUCCAAUGUGAUCGCUCGAGCGGAGCACGAAGUGUUUCUCGCGACCAAUUUCUGGAUGUACUCGGAGCCCAGCAGGCUGAUCACCAAUGCCCUGCAUGAGCUUUCGAGGAAGGCCGUGGAGAACAAUCGUCGGGUAGUGGUCAAGAUCAUCUAUGAUCGAGGCAGCGUCAAACAGGUUGUGAAUAAUCACCUUCCCGUGCCACCCGAGGAGUUCGCCGAUCCGAAUGGGAAAGUCAGAAUCCCGCACCCCGAUGAGCUUCCCAACAUUGAUAUCGAAGUUGUCAACUUCCAUCUUCCGGUCUUCGGGACAUUCCACGCCAAGUACAUGGUGGUCGAUCGCAAAAUCGCCAUACUUCAAAGCGACAAUAUUCAAGACAUCGACAACCUGGAGAUGAUGACCCAGUGGGAAGGACCCAUUGUGAACUCUCUCUACGAGGUCGCGCUCAUCUCAUGGCAUAAUCGCCUGAACCCUCCGCUUCCCUGCCUGAGUCAGCCGACAGCAACCGGAUCCCUGCCCACGUUUGAGGCCGAAAGCCAUGCCACGCUAUUCGAUGAGAAUGGGAAGACGGUUACUAUGGCUCAAUCCACGGCUACGGCUACCGAAGGCGACGAGAGCUUAAGGAAGCUUGCACACGACGGGUCACAGGUGGAUCUGCCUCAGCACACCUCACAGGAUCCCCACUACGAUCCCGAUAUCAGGUCGGAAGUGUUGCGGGCGGUGGCGUCGUUGGGCCCUCGUCAGGGUGAAAGACGGAUUGACGCCAUCACUCGUCUCUUGAACACGACCAUCCAACCGAACACCAAAGGCAGCGCUCCGGAACUCGAACCCAGUGACUUCAUGACCCCGCUCAUUCCAAUCCCCCGACAUGACCCAUUCCCGAUUGCCAUGGUUUGUAGAGAGCCGUGGGGUGCUCCCAGCAAGAAGUCGCUGCACACGCCGCAGAACGAGGCUUUCAUGUCGGCUUUGCGACACGCAACCAAGUCGGUGUUCAUCCAGACCCCCAAUCUGAACGCCGAGGCAUUGCUCCCCGAGAUUCUCAAGGCCUGUCGCCGGGGAGUCAAUGUGACGUAUUACUAUUGCCUGGGCUACAAUGAUGCCGGCGAGCUCUUACCUUUCCAAGGUGGCCACAACGAGAUGAUAGCUCAUGGCCUGUAUCGAGAGCUAGAACCCGAAUACCACCAGUACCUCGACAUUCAUGUCUACGUGGCCAAGGACCAAGUCCACCCGAUCCACAACAAAUUCAAACAGCGGUCUUGUCACAUCAAACUCAUGAUCGUUGACGGGCACAUCGGCAUCCAGGGGAACGGCAACCAAGACACUCAAAGUUGGUACCACAGCCAGGAAGUGAACGUGAUGAUUGACAGUGAGCUGGUGGUUGGGAAAUGGAUGGAAGGGAUCCGACAAAAUCAGAACACGCACUUGUUCGGUCAAGUGGCCAAGGAAGGGCCGGAUGCUGGGUGUUGGAAAGAUGCGAAGACGGGGAAACAAGCUGAGGGUGCCAUCGGCGUCGAUCCGGGCAAGUUUGCUUGGGCCAAAGGGAUUGUUGGGGCGGUGCAGCGAGUACGAGGUGCGGGGGGGUUUUGA